GUAGCAGAACAAUAUCUGUAAAAACAGUGCGUCAUUGUGCAAUAUUUUUGCGAUCAUUUUUGUUUUUGUUUUGUUGAUUUACCAGAUAUGCAUGAAAGCCAUUUACAAGUACAAAGCACCUCGCCUCGUGUGUAAUACAUUAAAAUAGAUUUAGUUACAUAUACACACGACUGUGGAGGAGUGCAGGUGAGUGCUCCCACACUGACACCUAGCGGAGGAACACAGGUAGCUGCAGUGGGAGGAGCUCCGGGUCAGAUCUCCAUCCUGCACCACCUGACACGAAAGGAGCACGUCGGGAACAAAGAGAGAACCUCAUCGAGGUUCCUCCUCCGUGAACCUGCACCAUGUCCUUCUGUCGCUUCUCUGGAGGGGAAGUCUACAAAGAUCAUUUCAAACCAGGUGUGUACGUGUGCUCCCAGUGUAACCACCCACUGUUCUCCAGUCAGUCCAAGUUGGCCCACUCGUCCCCCUGGCCGGCCUUCACCGACACCAUCAGCGAGGACAGCGUCACCAGGAUGAUGGAGACUCUCACCGCCUUCAAGGUGCUGUGCGGCAGGUGUGGCGCCGGGCUGGGCCACGAGUUUGUGAACGACGGCCCGCAGGAUGGAGCCUCGCGCUUCUGAAUAUUCAGUCACUCGCUCAAGUUUGUCCCAAACAAAGGCGUGGCCAAGCAGUGAAGAGCGAGGUCGACUUUCUGCUCUACCGGGUCAACACGACGGGUCGCUGGAUGACGUGGACGGGGAAAAGGCCCGAGAGGGACGUCCUGUCCACUGAAGGACCUUUGACCGGCCUGUGAAGAAAAUAUUCUUUUACGAAAAUAAGUUUCAUUCCUCAAAUACCUCGUAUUUAAAGUGUAAUUGUAUUAUUUAUGCACCGAAGAAGCUCAUAUUUUUAGUCAGUCUGCUCUUUUAGUGUCUGUUUAUUUGAAGAUGAUUUCAAACUUUUCUAAAUUUACAUUAUAUUUUGAAAAACUCACAAACAAUAAAUAAUAGUUGAACACA